AGUAAACAUUUUAAAUAUUACUUCAUCUGUGAAGUGUGUGUAAGUGUAUAUGUAGAUGUGGUGUGUUGUUUGGGAGGUAUGUGUUGUGUCUAUGUGUGUUUUAUUGUGUGUCCAUGUUUGGUGUGUAUAUUUGUGCCUGUGUGUGUAGAUGUGUACCCCUCAGGUAAGUGAUAGCAUCAUUUUCCACCUAGUAAUGUGCAGUGUACAAAGACACCAUUAGUUACUUUCUGUACGGGCACAGUUCUACAUUUGGUUGGUUCUCUGUAGCAAGCCCAUUCAGUCAUCUCUGUAGUCCAUGCACUAACUCUUUGAACUGAGGAAAAAGUCAGUUAUAAUGUUGUUAUUUCAGAGGUUUGUUUCAGAGACUGAAAGCUAACAGAGCUAACUCAUUCACUCAAUUUUCUGUUGGUGGGAUUUGAGUCUAUAUCAGUAUCAAUUUAUGCCAGGUGGCUUGCCUUUAAUCCCAGCAGGCAGAUCUUUGAGUUUGAGACCUUCUUGGUCUACAGAGUGAGUUCCAGGACAGUCAGGCUACACAGAGAAGUCCUGUCUUAAAAGAUCAUUUUGAAGAGUCAGAAUUUAAAUUUUUUAUAAUGAUAUAUUUUGAGGAAAUUGGAAAUAGCUAUUACAGUAAUACAGAACUCAGUCUCAUUUUAAAAUUCCAUUUCUUGCUUCCUAUGAGUCUCAAUAACUCCUUAAUAUAUGUUAGUACCUGAAAGAGCCCCAUGUAGAUAGCAUGCCAGUGUGAUUAGUUUAUUUUUGCCAUUAGGUUAAUCUGUGUUUAGCAAACAUUUCACCUACUUCAUGUACUUGGUUUUAACUGUAUAUCAUUGCACCUCAAGCUCCUUUUAAAGUUGAUUCAAAAUAGCCAUAAUUACAUGUUUUGCUGUAAUGGGAAGCUGCAUUUCCUGAAAAACAACGAAACCGGUAGAGUACCAACUAAGCUGAAACAAACAGUCUCCUAAAGUUGUGCUGUGGUCACGUCACACAAGCGCCCUGGUUCCAUCGCCUUUGCCAGGCUUACUAGUGUGGUUAGUGGCUGAGUUAAGAGCACUGGUACUCUUUCAGAGGACUGAGUUCAAGUCCUAGUACACACAUAGCAGCUAAUAACUGUAACUCCGGUUCCAGAGAUCUGAUGCCCUCUUCUGGCCGUGUGUGCAUACACGCACAAAAUACCUAUACAUAAAAAUUUUAAAAUGCAUUUUAAAAACUACUGUAAUGUUCUUUUGUUCUUUAAUGUGUGUUUGGCACAUGUAAAUGACAUGCUAACACAAUACAUACUGAACAGGAUAUAUAUUAAACAAAUUAUAUACAUAUUAAACACAUACACAUAUAAAACACAGCUGGUCUGGAACUUGCGACAUAGAUCAGGCUGGCCUCAAACUUACAGAGAUCCAUUUGCCUUUGCCUUCCAAGUGCUAGCUAGGAUUAAAGAAAGGCCUUCCCUAAAGUGCCCAGCCCAUGUGUAUGUUGUAUGUUACUGGGGAUUGAACCUGGGGUCGUGCACAUGUUAGGAUAGCACUCAUCUCCGUGGUCACUAAGUUGUCUGGGUGUCUUGAACUUCCUUUUAUUUUUUAUUUUUUUUAAAUUUUUUCCAUGACUCAGCCUGUGGAGUAGCUGGAACAGCAGGCCUGUACCACCAGUUCUGGUUUCAGUUCUCAUAGUAGCUUCUUAAAAUUUAUAAGACAUGUAAGCCUUGUGAACUGAAUGCAUCUGAGCAUGUUUAUUUUGACACCAUUAAUAUAAGCUGGGUCCUUUUUUUCAUUUAUUAGUAUUGUAUAGGAAGGUGUGAGUAUCCAGGAGGUCAGAGAACGAGGUCAGGGAGUGGGUUCUCCCCUUUCGUGGUAGGAUCCUAGGAUUCAACGUGGGUCGUCAGGCUUGCUCCCACAAGCGCUUUGAAAACUCUAAGCCACCUGUCAGCCCUUGAACCCUUUAAUCAUAAUUUAAUGGCUGUCUCCCCCAUGCUCCAGAAGGCAUGCUGGAACUGCAAGGUGUCAAGAAUGGAAGAGAAUGGGAGAUAUGCAUACACGUAAUCAUCACCUAAACAAGCAGUUAGAAAUCAUCAUGAAAUAGCAAAAACGUAAAAAUUAAACAAGAGUAGCCAUUGGACUUGGACACUUCAUGGACAGGUACAAUUCCCUGGAAUCUACAGUAUUUUCACUACCCACCAGAGAGUGUCCCACUACAUCCAGUCUCAUUUGAAAAUCAGGGCAGCAACUUCUGCUCAGAAUGGGAAAGCAAUAAAAUUACAACCCUGAGUGAUAUGUAAACAGUCCCGUAGUCUGCCUGCCUACUCUCUGGUGCUGGAGACCUGCCAAGCGCCUGGAGGAGCAGCCAGGGACUUGCACCCCGGUGUCCCACGUCCCGGAGGGGAUGUAGGCGGGUGUCCCCAGUGGAUCAGGCUGUGGGUCACAGGGUGUCCGUAACCUUGGCUGAUGGGUGUCCAAGAGUGCCUUCCAGACUCUGGUCGCUGGGUGUGGUCAAGGCAUUCCGGUCCGCCCUUGAGCCCCGGGCCAAGGUGUCGCGGCAGCUCCCGGGCGCCCCCUGGCCCGGCUUGGGCGCCGGAGGUUUCCGGUUCGCGGCUGCCGGCGGUGACGUCUCGUUACUCCCAAGCUGCCGCCACUGCCGCCGCCGCCGCUCCCUAGUCAAGCUGCAGGUCCGUGAAAAUCCAAUCAAGCCACACACGAGUGGAGCGCGAUUGACCGUUUUGUGCAAAAAGACGCGGUAGCCUAACCUACUAAAGCUUUCAUCCCUGCCAAGUCUUGCCAGAGAACUCAACUCCGGGAAGGCUUUCUGCCAGGCCCUGAAGUUGUACUUUCAUGCACCACAGGGAACCAUCACCCAGCAUAUGCAAGUGGGUACAUGCCCUCCCUUGCAAAAGCCAACUUUCUGAUCUGCUCCUUUAGAUUUUCCCCACGGCCAAGGGUUACUUUUUUCCAUGAAUGGUCAAGUUUUGUUAACCGGCAGAACGCAUUGCAGAGCUGUGGAUUUGGAUACCCGAAAUUUAGGACCUAGUGCUCCAAGCCGCGACCUAGAAGGUUUUAGGCUAGCCAAAGCAUCAGCAGCUUCCGGAGGGGAUUCUGAGGACUAAAAAGGUCUGCAGGUUGCUAUGUUAAUGCUGCUUGUCUUUGGAGUAUUGCUUCAUGAAGUCCCACUGAGUGGCCAGGACAAGGCUCAUUCUGAGGCUGACGAUGCGCCUGGCAAGGCCCUGUAUGACUACUCCAGCCUCCGCCUCCCUGCGGAGCACAUUCCCUUCUUCUUGCACAAUAACAGGCAUGUUGCCUCUGUGUGCAGGGAGGAUUCCCACUGUCCAUAUAAGAAACACUUAGAAAAUCUAAACUACUGCUGGGGUUAUGAGAAGUCCUGCGCACCAGAGUUUAGAUUCGGUUCCCCCGUUUGCAGCUAUGUCGACUUGGGAUGGACCGAUACUCUGGAGUCAGCCCAGGACAUGUUCUGGAGGCAAGCUGACUUUGGAUAUGCGCGAGAGCGACUGGGAGAGAUAAGAACGAUCUGCCAGCCAGAGAGAGCAAGCGACUCAAGUCUGGUUUGCUCCCGUUACCUUCAGUAUUGUAGAGCUACUGGUCUAUACCUGGACUUAAGAAACAUCAAGAGAAACCACGACAGAUUCAAGGAAGAUUUUCUUCAGGGUGGUGAAAUUGGUGGAUACUGUAAACUUGACAGUCAUGCACUGGUGUCUGAAGGGCAGCGUAAAAGUCCCCUGCAGUCUUGGUUUGCUGAGCUACAAGGCUACACGCAGCUCAAUUUCAGGCCUAUAGAAGAUGCUAAAUGUGACAUCGUUGUUGAAAAACCAACGUAUUUCAUGAAAUUAGAUGCAGGUACUUUGCUAAGAUUUUUCUGAGUCAUAAAAUUACUCCUCUUGGGGACAGCAUCAUGGAUCAGUGUGUAGGGGCACUCGCCAUCAAGUGUGACAGGCUGUUUGAUCUCAGAGCACACAGAGUCGGAGGGGAGAGCCAGCUCCUGUAUUAAUAUGUACCACCACUUCUGUGACUUCCUGAAUCUCUACCUCACUCAGCACGUUAACAAUUCUUUCAGCACGGACGUGUACAUCGUGAUGUGGGACACCAGCACUUACGGGUAUGGUGACCUCUUCUCCGAUACCUGGAAAGCAUUUACUGACUAUGACGUCAUACAUUUGAAAACCUAUGAUUCCAAAAAGGUGUGUUUUAAAGAAGCCGUGUUUUCGUUGCUGCCCCGCAUGCGGUACGGGCUGUUCUAUAACACGCCUCUGAUCUCUGGCUGUCAGAAUACAGGAUUAUUCAGAGCCUUCUCCCAGCAUGUGCUGCAUAGGCUGAACAUCACUCAAGAGGGACCCAAGGAUGGCAAAGUUCGAGUUACCAUUCUUGCACGCAGCACAGAAUACCGGAAAAUCCUGAACCAAGACGAGGUUAGUGCUUUGCUGGUAAAUGCACUGAAAACAGUAUCCACAUUUGAAGUCCGGGUGGUUGAUUACAAGUACAGAGAACUCGGGUUUUUAGAUCAGCUCAGGAUCACGCACAACACGGACAUAUUUAUUGGCAUGCAUGGAGCUGGCCUUACCCACUUACUUUUCCUUCCGGACUGGGCUGCUGUGUUCGAGCUGUACAACUGUGAAGAUGAGCGCUGCUACUUAGACCUGGCCAGGCUCAGAGGCAUCCACUACAUCACCUGGCGGAAGCCCAGCAAAGUAUUUCCUCAGGAUAAGGGUCACCAUCCAACUCUGGGAGAACACCCGAAGUUUACCAACUACUCUUUUGAUGUAGAAGAAUUCAUGUACCUUGUCCUUCAGGCUGCAGAGCAUGUACUGCAGCACCCACAGUGGCCAUUUAAGAAGAAACAUGAUGAGCUAUAGAAGUGUUGAGGUUGUUUCCAAGAGUGUUGACACCCUCUCACAGCCAUAGACUCACAAUCAGAGGAGCAGAACAGCCUGUCAUAUCCUACUGUAAGAGGAAACAUGACGUUUUACUUCUGAAUAUAGCUCAGGCUGACCUUGAACUAGUGAUCCUCUUGCCUGAGCCAACUGAGUGCUCACCUUACAGGUGUGCCCCACCAUGCCUGUCUACAGAGUUACUUUUUGUAUAUGAAAGCACACCUCCAGGAGAUGCUAAGUCUUCCAUGUGUUUAUUGUGUCUUUGCUAUUUAUCAAAGGUAUUUUUGCACUGAAAAAGGUUACUUUUAUAGUUCAAAGGUGGGCAGAUGCCCAUUGGUGUGGCAGAGCUCUCCUGUGGGGAUGCAAAGUUGUCAACAUCGGUGGCUUCAGACUUGAUAUAUGUGUUUGUUAACUGUAAUGUGAUCUUGAUUCCAGAGUGUCAUGGCUUCAUCUAUUUGGAUAAACUCAUCUAUUUGGAUAAACUCAGAACUGUUGUUAUUUGCCAUUGUAUGUUCAUAAAUAUGGUUGUAGGGUCUGGGCACAUGGCUUAGUGUAGAAUGCUGGCCUUGCAUGUAUGGGCCUCUGGGUUUAAUCCCUAGCAACACCACACACACACACACACACACACACACACACACACACACACGUCUAAGUCUGUGAUUCUCAGGACCAAACUAUAGGACUACGUUAUAGACCAGUAAUUAGUCAACUCCAGAUUCCGUGCAUCAAGAGCCUGACAAAGAUCAUGCUGUUGUAUUUAUUAAUUUUGUUUCUAUAUCUCAUUUCAAUCAUGUUCUCCCCAAAUGUAAUGGCAGUGUUGAUAAGAGCCUGUCAGAACAUUCUGUAGUACCAUCUCCACUGACGCUUCAGCCGUGAAGACCCUUCAUGCUGACUUGGCAUGAAGUCUUAGUUUCCAUCAGGCCAGUGUUUGUGAGCACACACGGCUGUGUGUAUCUACCUCUGGCAGAAUGGAAGUAACCCUAGUCUCUGUAAAACACUGCCAAGUAGCCACAUGAAGAGAAGACACUUUCCCUGUUUAUUUGUUUUUUGAUUUUUAAAAUAAGGCCAUUAAAAACACGGUAGACCUGUGAAUUAUCCAAUCAAAACAAAAGCCCCAAGAAAGUGGCACUGAGCAAACAGGAUGCCCAGCAGCAGGCUUCCCCUGGACUGCCUUUGUUUCUUACUGCUAAGCACAUAGCUCAACAGUCAGAAACCAUGGGUUUGUUCUAUUGUACAGUGUGAUGCUUGUGUCUUAUUAACAUCUGCGGCAUCUCAUUUAGAAGCUACUUUUAAUUUUUUUACAAUGCACUUAGCAAAUCGCAGCCAAGGACUUCAUUUUUUAAAUUUUAGAGAAGCGACCUACAAAAUAAAAUAUUGGUGACUAACAGCUCCUCGGAGGUUUGCUCUCUUUUCCUUUCAGGAAUUGUUAAAAGAGUUGUAGACUUUAUUUAUUAAAAUACCUUUCAAGGAAAUAGUGGCCCUCUAUAGGCAGGACUUCCCUUUGGGUCAAAAAAAUUCUUUGGAAAACAUUGUAACAUGAGGAAUUGUUAAAUGACAGGUUUGCUGCUGUUCCGGGUGCAGGAUAUUAGGUAGGCAGGGGAAGAAGGGGCUGUCCCACAGGAAGGGGAGGGAGUGGAAGGAUCAUGUUGCCCCGGACAUCGAGGACAAACAUCUGAGACUGUGUCUGGAAAACCUUCCUUUUACCUCAUUUCAAGCUGCACAGGGACCUAUGUGUUCACAGACUACCGAGGAUUCCAGAAACUGAGGACACUUUCAUACUGAAACCGUAUUUGAAUAUUUUGCAAUUAGAAUAUACUUUAUAUAAAGACAGUCAUUUAAAAUUUUAAUUAAUGGGAUUAACUUUUUUAUCAGACUUUUGGUGGGAGCAGAAGAUCUGCAGAUUGUUGUAAAAUCUAAAAUGUAGAUAUGGCCCUUUUUUAUUAAGUCUGUAAGGAGAUGCAUUUCACUGUACAUUUUGGGUGUAGCUUUGGAAUAAAGUUUUCUAUAUUUCAUUUACAUAUCUGAA